AUGAGCUCAGAGACCACAACGACGGCGCCAUCGGAUCAGCUGCGAUUCGUGGUUACGCCGCGCAUCCGCAAGGCCCUGGCACUGGCGACAGCCCAGAUGGAUAAAAAGGCCGUUUUAUCCGCAACGAAGGAGACAAGGGAGGCCCUACACAAGCUGCACAAGGACAAAAGUGCUAACGAGGUGCCUCUCGGGCUCUUGCGCCAGCUCUCCCGGGUGCUCCUCCAAAUCAAGGCGAGCAGUAAUGACGGGUCCGAUCAGAAAUCGAGGGCUGCCGUGACGCCAGAGCAGGAGGCGCUGUUCAACAGAUUGCAGAUUGAGCUCGACAACAAACGAUAUGCCAAGCACGUCUUCCUCCUCUUCAUUUACUUCAUGGUGAAGAAUGUUGUGGCGACGAAGGACAUGACGCAGGGCAAGCGAAAGAACGAGUUCCGUGAAGCCAUGCAUCAGGCAUCGCUCGGCAUUGACAUGAUUGUGAUGAUCGUUGUGGGCUUCAUUGCGGGCUACUUCGUGCCGGGCGUGAUCGGAGGAACGUUGCUGGGAGUUGCGAUCAUGCUGGUGGAGAUGGUGUUGAUCGUCAUCCGAGGCUCGCGCAUCGAAGAACAAGAGGCCGAGAAGGAGAAGACCAAGUUCAAGCCCAAGUCCAAGAAGAAGGCCAAGCUGUCGUCGGCCAUCUCCGUCGAGACCAUCACCGACGACGCCAAGAAGCGAAAAUAG